CUAGGCGCCGCCGAAAUUCAAGAACCCGCGAGCGACGAGCUCGAUGCAGAACAUGAAGCGCACCGUCACGGGCACUCUGGCGUCGCUGAAGCCGAGGCCGAAGACGAUUGUGGAGGACAGCACGCUCGGAGAGGCGCCGCAUAGCGCGACAGCACCCGCGUCGCCUCCGUCGGUGUACGCUCCCCCGACGUCCUUCCCCCAGGCGAUGGCCGCGCCGAAGCGGAGGAACACUCCGUCACCCGGGACCAGAGCUUCAGUCCUACGCGGUCCUCUGUGGGCUCGGCCGCGCCCGCGCCAGGCGCUGAGCCCGACGAUCCACGAUCGGGGCACCAUCCUGGUCGAGGCCGGCCGUAUCGAGGACGAGGAGAGUCGGCGGCUCAGCGAGAUGGCUUUCCUCGACUACUGAGCUCGAACGCCGCUCUUGCACUUUGCGCGCGCCGGUUAUUUCUUUGGCUUUUGGAGGUUCAUCUGUUGUUGGUCUGAUCUCACCGCAUCUGUAUAGUAGAAUGCAUCAAGGCUCUUUGUCUGUCGAUCCAUAUACCCUUCCGUUCGUUUGUGCCUUGCUGCUCGUCGUCACUCGCUUUGAGCUCUCAUCCCCAUCUCUGUGUGUACAUAUACAGUCCAGAUGUUUUGCAAGUAAUGUUACUUUGCCCGCUCUCUGGAAAUUCAGCAUCGGGUCG